CGUAAAUCGUUAGUCAUGCUCUCCCCACACAGAGAAUACGUCUGUGAGACAAACGUUCGUGCUACAUCUUUGAAAGAACUGCAGUCUACGGUGGAACUCUCCGUCAAACAGAAGCUCGAGCUACAAAUCAACAUGGUCGAGUACUUCCAAAUAUUGAGCGCGAUCGCCGUGGUCUUCCUGGCGUUGUACUAUUACUUCACGUCGACGUUCGACUUUUGGAAAAAUCGCGGUGUUGUUGGACCGCGGCCUCUGCCGAUUUUCGGCAACCUGAAGGAUGUACUGCAGAGGAAAAUGAUCAUGGGCGAUUGCGUGAGAAUGUUGUACGAGGAGUACAAGAGCCAGCCGAUGUUCGGGAUAUUCAUGAGACGCUCGCCCUCGCUUGUUCUCUGUGACUUAGAUCUCAUCAAGGACGUACUGAUCAAGAACUUCUCUACGUUCGACGAUCGAGGUUUGAGCGUACCCGAAAAGACUAAUCCACUGGGGUCAAAUCUCUUCAACGUAGACGCGACAAGAUGGCGACCAUUGCGAACGAGACUGUCGCCUGUGUUCACCUCCGGCAAGCUAAAGGGAAUGUUUUCCCUGAUAUGGGAGUCUGCCAAAAAUUUGGAGCAAUGCCUGGAGAAGCUGGCGGAAAAAGGAGAGCCGGUGGAAUGUCAAGAGUUAGCAGCGAGAUUUACCACCGACGUUAUCGGUAGCUGCGCUUUCGGCAUCGAUAUGAAUGCACUGUCGAACGAGGAGAGCGAAUUCCGAAGGAUAGGGAAGCAAAUCUUCGAUCAGAAUUGGAAAAUAUUCUUGAGGAACACUUUUCGAGAUAUGUUCCCACGAUUGUACAACGCGCUCUGGUUCAUCAUACCGCUACACGAGUCUAAUAAAUUUGUUAUGAAACUGGUCAAGGAUACGAUGAAAUAUAGGGAGGAGAACAACAUUGUUCGGCCAGACUUUAUAAACAUACUGAUGGAAAUGAGGAAGCAUCCGGAAAAGCUAGAGAACAUCAAGUUAACGGACACGAUUCUCGCUGCGCAAGCGUUCGUCUUCUUCGCGGCUGGAUUUGAAACGUCUUCGACGACGAUCUCGCACACCCUCUACGAAAUGGCAAUAAACCCCGGCAUGCAGGACAAACUUCGAAAAGAAAUAAGGGAAUUCCAUGCCAAAACUAAUGGAAGCUUCCAGUACGAAGAAGUGAAACAAAUGAAGUAUUUGGACAAAAUAUUUAAAGAAACGCUUAGAAAGUAUCCACCAGCAACGGCUUUAAUGCGGAUGAACAACGCUGACUAUACCUUCAAUGAUACUAAAGUAACGAUCCCGAAGGGUACUAGAGUAAUGAUCCCCGUGUUAGGAAUUCACAGGGAUCCAAAUAUUUACCCGGAUCCUGACAAAUUCGAUCCUGAAAGAUUUAACGAAGAAGCCGUGGCAGCGAGACAUCCGAUGACCUUCCUACCUUUUGGCGAUGGACCAAGAAAUUGCAUUGGAUCACGAUUUGCAAUUUAUCAAACCAAAAUAGGACUGAUCAAAAUAUUGCAGAAUUUUAGAGUAGAUCCUUGCGAGAAGACAUUAAUUCCAUACGUUAACGAUCCAAAAGCCCUCAUAUUGUGCCCCAAGGACAAAGCUGUAUUGAAAAUAAGCAAAGUAGACAAUUGAAUUGAUCAUAAUCAAAAUAAAUUUAACUGCGCGCGAAAUACGUGUUACGCGAACGAGCAACACUAAAAUUUUGAACACUAGAAUGUUCACUAGAAAUUUGAAGCUUAACACAUUUUUUACCUAGUUAAAAGUUUCCUACUUUCUGAUUGCUCGGUAAUAAAUAGUAUUAUAAAGAUAA